AUGUCCAGUCGCGGCCCUUCUUCGUUCGCGUCACUCGCUGCAGCUUUCGUGCCCACGGCCGUGAUUGCGACUUUGUACAUGGUCGCGUUUGUCCUCAUCUGGCGCCGCUUCCCCAAGAUCUACUCACCACGGACGUUUAUUGGCACCGUACCAGAGAAGGAUCGCACGCCAUGUUCGAAAUCGCCGGGCUACUUCGAAUGGGUCCACACCAUGAGGACCGUUCCGGACAAGUUUAUGCUAUACCACCAGUCGCUUGAUUCGUACUUGUUCCUGCGAUUCAUGAGGACUCUUAUCUUCAUCUGCGUCGGCGGUGCAGUCAUUACCUGGCCUAUCCUUCUGCCUGCCAAUUAUACCGGUGGCGGCAAUUCCAAGGAACUUAAUCGCGUUGGUAUCGGCAAUGUGAAGCACAAGGACCAUCUCUAUGCGCAUGCCGUUGUGGCAUGGAUAUUUUUCAGUUUUGUCAUGUUCACUGUUGCGCGGGAACGCCUAUGGCUCAUCGGACUGCGACAAGCAUGGAACUUAUCGAAGCCGAACGCGAAGAGGUUGUCUUCACGCACCGUACUCUACCUCUCAGCACCUACUGCAGCUCUCGACGAAGGCAACAUGCAGCGGUUCUUCGGCGACGAUGCAGUCAGGAUCUGGCCAGUCACCAAAGGCGAGAAGCUUGUGUCGCUCGUUUCAGAGAGGAACUCGAAAGUCGAGGAGCUAGAGGGCGCUGAGAUGUCCCUGAUCCUGAACGUCAACAAGGAAGUUGGAAAGAGCCAUAAUCGAAACAUCAAGUAUGAGCAGCUACCCAAGCAGAUGAAGAAAUCCCUACGACCUACACACAAAUCCAAGACACCAGUGGUUGGCAAGGAAGUUGACAGCAUCAGCUAUUUCCGAGACCAGAUUAAGGAGAAAGAGAAUGACAUCGAGAAGGCUCGCGAAUCGAACGAGACAGCUGAGAGUCUUGGUGGAGCUGCGGCGGUCUUCGUUGAGUUUCGCACCCAGCCCGCGGCUCAGAGAGCCUACCAACAGAUCGCAUCGUCUGACAUUCUGUCUCUCACCCCUCGCUUUGUCGGUACUACGCCCAAUGAAGUUAUCUGGGCCAACCUGAACCUAGCACCUGCGCGUCGGAUAUCUCAGAGUGGAGUUGCCAUCACCCUAGUCGUCGCUGUCAUCAUACUUUGGUCCAUUCCAGUUGGAGUAGUCGGUGCAUUGUCGAAUGUUGAAUAUCUCGCCGAGAAUUUUAAAUGGCUCGCGUUCCUCAACAAGCUUCCAUCCGGACUUAUGAGCCUACUUAGUGGUCUCCUACCUUCUCUGGCCUUGAGCGCGUUGGCUAGCUACGUACCUAAAAUCUUUAGGUACAUCUUUACAAAAUUCGGAGAGCCGACUAAGACUGUCAUUGAGCUGAAGGUGCUCAAGUGGUACUUUGUCUUCCAAGUACUGCAGGUCUUCCUUGUCACCACACUCGCUUCAGGUGCUGCAGCGGUAGUAUCGCAAAUCGUCAAAGACCCAAGCCGAAUACCACAGCAACUCGCGGAGCGUUUGCCGAGAGCAUCAAACACCUAUCUGGCGUACUUCAUUGUCCAGGCUUUGACCAAUGCCCCAAGUAACAUACUGAACUACACCGACGUGCUGUCGUAUGUUUUCUAUGACAGAUUCUUCGAUAAGACCCCCCGUCAGAAGUACAACAGCUUCAUCACAAUGAGGGGCAUGGCUUGGGGCAAGCUAUUCCCGAAGUACGGCAACUUUGUCGUCAUCGCGAUUGUUUACUCCUGUAUCGCGCCUCUCGUUCUUGGCGUCGCUGCUAUCGGUCUUGUAAUCUUCUACUGGUGCUACCAGUACCAGCUGUUGUAUACCGCGACACCGAAAAUCGACACUAAAGGACAUGCGUACACGCUUUCUCUGCAGCAUCUUCUCACUGGUGUCUACAUAGCCGAGCUGUGCCUUAUCGGUCUCUUCAGUUUACGCGAAGCGACUGGUCCUCUAAUCAUGCUUGUCGUUCUACUUUUCGCCACCGCCAUCUUCAACUAUAUCACGAACCGUUACUUCGCUCCACUCGAACGAUACCUACCCGCGGAUCUCGCGCUCGACUCUGAAGACGGUGAGCAGGCACCACUACUGUCUUCGGCAGAGGAAGGCGAAUCUGAAGCUCUUCAGCACGCAGAGUCGAGGAUUGAUCGCGUGAGCGAACGGACGCGUGUGCCGUCCAAGGUCGUCUCGCCUGUUGCCCGGUUCCUACAGCCACACGUCUUCGGUAGCUACACUGCCUUGAAGGCUUGGCUACGUGACGGCGAAUUUGACGAAGAUGAGGAACCUCAAUACAGCGAAGAGGACCUGAAGAAGGCCUAUCUGAACCCUGCUUUCACGAGUAAGACGCCGGUUGUUUGGUUGGCAAAGGACAGUAUUGGCGCGAGUAAGCAUGAAAUUAGUGAGAACGAGAAGACGGGACUGAACGCUACCGAUCAGGGUGCGUGGAUCACGGGCGAUGGGAAGUUGAAGUGGAGUGUGGAUAACUUCGAAGAGGUUCCUGUGUUCAAGAAGGCUAUCAAGUGGUGA